AUGCCACGCAACGUCUGCAACAACAACAACACUUUUGAUGCAACAAACAACAAUAACAACAACAACCGAAUAAACACGAAGACAGGUAACUGUUCUCUCUACUUCCGUUUCUGCCUCUCAUACUACCUGCAAACGCACGACUCAACAAACUGCAAUCUCGCUGUCGGAUAUUCAAAAGUAUUCUUCGAUACUCGAUCGGUAGACAAUCAGAUCGACUUAAAUACCGUACCCAAUAAACCGAUAUUCGAAUCGCAAAAUGGCGAGUGGGAGCGAGGGAAAGUGGUCUUCCUAACCUCCUUAAACAACUCGCUUUUCUUUGAAUUUUAUUUUGAUAAACCUUGGCAGUUAUAUGAUAAACAUAUUCCUCGUGUAGUACUUAUUAAAUGUUGUCACCUAGGUCAAAUUCGAGCCCCAUGUGUCGCUUACGUUAACGGUGCUCUAAUUGUGGGACUGCAAUUGCAUGUGAUGGGUGAGGAUCCCGUGCAAUCGAAUCUGGUCAAUGCAGCGCUGCCUACGUCAUGGUUCUUUAUCGAGUGUGGAGCUAUGAAAAAAUUUUUUCAAUAA